AUGAGACGAACCGGUUGCCUAUUGCUAGCUUCGCUGGCCCUCCACUCCACAACCAUCGCACAGUCCGACUUGUCUUCAAAACGUGGGUUGGCGUUCCAGGGCGACGACCACAAAGCCGACAGCCAACUGCUCACAUCCGCAAAAUCGUUAAUCAGCUGGUAUUACACAUGGUCAACAUGGCCCGCCCAGGCCUUGAACAGCUCCAUCGCCUUUGUCCCGCUCAUCCACGGCGUCAAUGAUGCUUCCGAUUCCGGCCUUAGCUCACGCUUGAACCAACUACCUGAAUCGUCCACCCAUCUGCUCACGUUUAACGAGCCCGACGGAACCACCUCAUCUGGCGGCAGCAGCAUUGAUCCAGAAGAUGCCGCGAAAGCCUACAUUGACCACAUUGUGCCCUUCCGCGACUCCGGCUCCCGUAAGUGGAACAUUAGCCACCCGGUAGUCACCGGCUCUCCGCAGGGCAUCGAGUGGCUGCAAAAGUUCAACAAGUCAUGCUACGCUAUUGACGACAACGGGUGCCCGACCGACUUUGUCGCCGUGCACUGGUACGGCGACGCGAUGGGCCUCAAGAACCACCUCAAUGGGCUGCGAGAUUUCUACGACUCAACGUCGCCGGAUCUCAAAUACUGGAUCACGGAGAUGGCGCUUCCCAAGCAAAACACCGAGGCCACUCUGGCCAUGAUGAAUGAGAGUCUGACCUACCUGGAUGGCCUGGACUAUGUCGAGGGCUAUGCCUGGUUCGGAGCCUUCCGCAAGGACGAGGCCAAUGCCUGGACCGGCAACUCCGUCUCCCUAUUUGACGGCGACGGCGGCCUGACAGACCUCGGUGCUUUGUAUCUCGGCGGCGAGAAGCAGGGCUUCAAAAAGGGCCAGAAGGGAGAAGGCAAUUUUGCCGCUUCACUUUCGCCUGCCAAAGCCCUGCUUUGGACGACUAUCCUGGCUGUGAUCGCGACAAUGUGGUAG